CACGAUUCGAUCAGGGGGGUUAGUUAGGCGAGAUUUUCGGCUACAUGUAAAAUGUCCCUGUGGGCUUACCGUAGCUCAGUGACAACACGGCAGUAGCACUUUGGUCUCAGCUGCUAGCUUGGCUGAAAAGUAGCACUGGAGCUUGUAGACGCGAACUGUCGAGCUGUGUAACAGACAGUCCACGCUUUGAAGCUUGAACACCUGUAGAGGAAGAUGAGGGUGAAGGAAAUUCAGAGGACUGCCCACCAGGCGUGGAGUCCUGCCGGACACCAUCCCAUCUACCUCGCCUUAGGAACAUCGGCACAACAGCUCGAUGCUUCUUUCAACACCACAGCGGCCAUAGAGAUAUUUGAAAUGGAUUUUGCUGACCCCUCUCUGGAGAUGCAGCUCAGAGGUUCAUUAACCACUCCAAACAGGUUGCACAGUAUCGUUUGGGUAAAUUUUGGAUCGGGAGAAGAUGGAACUGGAGGGAGGCUCAUCGGUGGAAGCGAGAACGGCACAUUGACUGUAUAUGACCCCGAAGCUAUAAUAAGUCCUGGAGCAGAGGCAGUAGUCGGGCAGUCUGACAAACAUUCAGGACCAGUCCGUGCACUUGAUUUCAACCCGUUCCAGAAUAAUCUUCUUGCUUCUGGAGCGAAUGACUCAGAGAUAUACAUCUGGGAUCUAAAUAACUUCAGCAGCCCAAUGACUCCAGGAGCAAAAACACAGCCUGUUGAAGACGUCAGUGUCGUGUCCUGGAACAGGCAGGUUCAGCACAUCAUGGCUUCUGCCAGCCCCAGCGGGAAAGCGGUUGUGUGGGACCUGAGAAAGAACGAGCCCAUCAUAAAGAUCAGUGAUCACAGCAACAGGAUGCACUGUUCAGGAAUGCUCUGGCACCCCGAUGUUGCCACCCAGUUGGUUCUGGCCUCAGAGGAUGACCGACUGCCUGUCAUCCAGAUGUGGGACCUUCGUUUUGCUACGUCGCCCCUUAAAGUGCUGGAAAACCACAAACGUGGCAUUUUGUCCAUUUCUUGGAGCCAGGCUGAUUCUGAGCUCCUCUUAAGUAGUGCUAAAGACAACAGGAUCCUCUGCUGGAACCCAAACACUGGAGAGGUGAUUUAUGAGCUUCCGACAACAAACCAGUGGUGCUUUGAUGUCCAGUGGUGCCCCAGGAAUCCGGCCCUUCUUUCAACCGCGUCAUUCGAUGGCCGAAUCACAGUUUACUCUGUGAUGGGUGGGAGCUUGAAGGCUCAGCAACAAAGCACAGCGGAUAUGAUAUCCUCUUCAUUUGAUACAAUGGAUCCCUUUGGUACAGGACAAGUGCUGCCUCCUCUACAAGUUCCCCAGCCCAGCGUGGAGGACACCGUCAUUCCUCCCCUGAAGAAGCCGCCUAAAUGGGUGCGCAGGCCAGUCGGAGCUUCCUUUGGUUUUGGUGGAAAGCUGAUAACCUUUGAGAAUCCAAAGCUUCCUCCGGUGCAGAGCCCCCAGCCUGUCCCCAGACAAGUCUCUGUGAGCCAGGUUAGCACAGAGACCGAGUUCCUGCAGCGCUCCAAGGAGCUUCAGGCGGCGCUCCAGUCGGGUUCCUUCAACAACUACUGCCAGGCCAAGAUUCAGAGCGCCAAGUCGGACGCGGAACAGGACAUAUGGAAGUUCCUUUUGGUCAACUUUGAGGACGAGGCCCGCAUUAAAUUCCUUAAACUUUUGGGUUUCAGCAAGGAGGAAUUGGAGCGGAAGAUUUCAAAAUGUCUAGGGAAGAACUUUCAAUCCAACGGCCAUGGAGUCGAUGCCAAAGAUCUUGCAGAGAAGAUGCAGCGUCUCACAACUGAGAGGGCAGAUGAAGCUGCAGCUGAUGUUAGAACCUCAGGCUCCAUUUCACCGGCAGACUUCUUCAGUCACACUCCACAGGACAAUUCCACCUUUAAGAUCCCCGUAUCGUGUGACACAGACGGUUUGAUAAGCCAGGCGCUGCUGGUCGGUAACUUCGAGGGGGCCGUGGAUUUGUGUCUGAACGACGGUCGCUACGCUGAAGCCAUUCUGCUGUCCAUCAGCGGUGGAGAGGAUCUUCUUAAGAAGACGCAGCAGAAGUACCUCAGCAAACAAAAGAACAGCAUAUCGGUGCUCAUAUCGUCAGUGGUGACCCAGAACUGGAGAGACAUAGUGCAGAACUGUGAGCUGGACAACUGGAAGGAGGCUCUUGCCGCUCUGCUGACUUACGCUCACCCUGAAGACUUUGCUUGUUUUUGCGACACCCUGGGAAACCGGUUAGAGCACGAGGGCACAGAGAAGCGCUGCCUGCAGGCCUGUUUGUGUUACAUCUGCUCGGGAAACAUUGAAAAGCUUGUGGAGUGCUGGGCGUUGCACAGAGACUGCUCUUCCCCUCUCGGGCUAGAGGAUCUGGUUGAAAAAGUAAUGAUGCUACGAAAGUCGAUUGAGCGCCUUCGCAACAGCGAGGUGACGGUGCAGAGCCCUGUCCUGGCUGAGAAGCUAAGCUGCUACGCUGGCAUACUGGCUGCGGAGGGAAGCUUAGCCACUGCCAUGACAUACCUGCCUGACAACUCAGACCAACCUGCGAUCAGGAUGCUAAGAGACCGGCUGUCCCACGCUCAGGGAGAGGCUGCUGCCCAACAGCAGGCUCCGAACUCCAUCAACAGGGCCGGCGUGCCGGCAGCUAAUCCUGCUUCUGUAGCUCAGACUCCUGCACCAAAAGCACCUCUCAUGAAUCCGUACCAGCCAUCCGCUCUGCCCCCGUCGACUUCAAAACCGCAGCCUCCAAUGCCGUCAAUUUUCACUCCUCAAGUCCCUCCACCCAACCCCGGCCCAGGUCUGCCACCCUCCGCUCACGUACACCAGCCCAGUUCCAACCGCCCUGUCGUGAGGCCUUCCUAUCCGCAACAUCCCGCUACGGCUCCAGCUUUCUCCCCUCAUCAGCCAUUCCAGCCUCAGCCUGUUUCCAGUGGCGGACCCUUCUCCCCCACGGGCCCGCCCAUGCCAGCUGCAGGCUUGUCAGGACCUCCGCUGCCGUCUGCAUCCUCCACCCCUGGAGGCCUGCCCCCCACUGCAAGCCCCGGGAUGCCCCCGAUGGGCUUUGUGCCGUCUACCUCUUUACCCUCGGGCAUGACGCCGCCCAGCUCGCAACCGGGAGCCCCAGGUCCCAUGUACCCAGGCAGCUUCCACAACCCGGGCCCAGCACCCCCCAUGGCAUCUGGUUCCUACUCUCCCAUUGGAGCUGGAUAUCCCCAAGGAGGUCCUGGAGCUCCUGGAGCGAAGCCCUUCCCUGCCCCUGUUGUUGCUCCUCCUCCUACAGGAUAUUUUCCCUGGCUGGAUCUCGAGUGCGAUCAUCAAGGACCACAAGAAGGCUGGAAUGACCCCCCAACGGUACGCGGUGGACCCAGGAAGAAGAAGGUCCCUGAUAACUACACUCCCCCAGCUCCCAUCACUGCUCCUGUGAUGGGUUUCCCAGCGGAGGCGCCGCAGCCUCACAACCACACCCAAGUCCCACCCGGAGCCCCCCAGGAGCCCAGCGUGCAGCUCCUCCAGCAGCUGCCAGCGGAGAGAGUGGAGCAGAAAGAAAUCCCAGCGGAGCACAUGGUUCUGAAAACCACCUUCGAUAGCUUGGUGCAGCGCUGCCAGCUCGCAGCAGGAGACCCUCAAACAAAGAGGAAGCUGGAUGACGCAGGAAAGCGGCUGGGACACCUGUACGAUAAGCUGAGGGAGCAGUCGCUCUCUCACAACAUCCUGAGCGGGCUCCACGAGAUCAGCCGCUGCGUGGCGAGCCAGAACUACCAGCGGGGCCUGGAGGUCCACACCCAGGUGGUCAGCAGCAGCAACUUCAGCGAGAUCUCUGCCUUCAUGCCCAUCCUCAAAGUGCUCAUGACCAUCGCCAACAAGCUGGGCGUCUAACAGCCCGCAGACGACGCCGACCACGCUUCAGUGUUACCAUGUCGUUGCAUACAUAUUUAUUUCCCUUAAGAGCCGGCGACGCGUGCGCGGCGAGAACAAUGGCCGACGCCGUUACAGAACCCGGGUUCCCAUCACCCUGUCGACGGUCCCUCCCAGAGGACUGGGCUGGUUGAGGAGUUUUGUAGAUGUCCGUUGAUGUUGCCGUGCUGAUUUUUACAAGAUGAUGAAUGUACUCGGGAACGUGGUUCAGUGUAACUUCAAAUAGUGAUGUACUCCAUGAAACUGGUUGUGGCAAAAAGUAGGUGCAUUUCCCAUAAAACGCGUUACAUCGUACUGCCGUGUGUAUUUUUUUUAUUUUAUUUUUUCUUCGAUAGCGCUAGCAGAUGUCCAAAAAAAAAAAAAAAAAAAAAAAAAAGGUUUCAUAACGUACAUGCAACAGUCCAGCUGCAAAAACAAAAACCAGGGCUCGCGCUCUCGUUCGUGGCGAGGAUAAAAAUCUGGGUCGUCCCUACGGCCCGCGCUGUCGGCGUGCCCUGGGCGAGCGAGGACCUGACCCCGACGCGCUCGUGCGCAGCGCUUUGUGAAAACAAACGGCAUCAAAAGCAUUCUCUGAACUCCGACGUUGAACUUCUGAUUGUCCUGUCAUUACGGCGCGGGGAGUUUCUUGGGCCAAAGCACUGAAGAAGAAUGUUUCGUCUUAUUAUUUUUCUGGUUUUCUGUCGGAUUCGACUUUGAUAGCCCGCGUGAAUGAUUCGUUUUCUUUUUCCCUUUAUUACCCUCACGUUUGCUUUAAUGUGCAUGCUUUUCCUCUAUUUAGCGAAUUUAGACAGCAACUUCUAGAACAAAACCUUCAGUAACUUCUGUUGAACUGCAAAUAAAUUAGCCCCUCCCUCUGUUUCAGGUCCUC